UCCUCCCCUACUUGUGCUGUCUCUGCCUCUCUCAAAAUAAACAAAUAAACUUUAAAAAUUUUAAAGAAAAGCUUACAGUGGAAGAAAGGUAUGUAAACAGAAAAUUACUAAAUAAACAGCUAAAGGCUUAAACAGGGGUAGGAAGGAAUGCUCUAGAUACGCUGUGGAGACAGCCUCCACAGUAGGCAUCACCCUGGAUGUGGCUUUUGAAGAAUCAAGGGUCAAGUGGGCCAAGAAGCAUACACCAAAAUGUCUUACAGGCCUACAGAAAACAAGUUCACAGAAACGGUACUUUGGCAGCAGCCGAAGCAGGACACGCCAUCCCAUGCCCACAGCAAACCAUGCAAAGCACUAUGUGAUCUAGAGAGAUUAAAUAAAUUGUGGCCUCCGCUCCUAGGCAUUAAAUACAUUACCUAAAUAUAAGACAAACUAUUCAGAAUACAGUGUGCUUUGAGCAGAUGUGGAAACUGAAUAUAAAUCUGGUCCUAAGUACAAAGAUCACUGAGGUGGGUGUGGGGGUGACAGGAGCACUCUCAUUAAGGCACGGGUACGGGGUGGGUGGAGUUAAAACCAAAAAAGAAAAAAAAAAAAAAAAUCAAGGUGGGGCAAUAGCAGGUCAAGUGGAAGCAGAAAGAGGAGGAAGCCUACGCCAGGAACUGAGGGAUUGGAACAGAAAAGUGGGUGGAGCCAGUGGGCUCCACCCCCGCCUCCUCCGGCUAGGCUACAACCUACUUUCUGCGGAGUCGUUCCAGACAGGUGAGAGAGGAACUUCUAAGACCGAUGCUGGUGAGCACCAAAGCCCCAGGCAGGGCCAGCCAGGACUGGGUCUUGGAUGGUGUAGAAAGAUAGAGCUGGAAGGGACACUGCAAGGAAGAAGGAAGAAGGAAGGAAGGCAGGGCCAUUACACAGAGCCUGGGGAGGGGCCAUGGUGCCAAGACAGUUUUGGGGGAGACUGGAGAAGCCGCUUCUCUUCCUGUGCUGCGCCUCCUUCCUCCUGGGGCUGGCUUUGCUGGGCAUACAGCCAGACAUCGCCCCUGUUGCUUAUUUCUUUCUCACCUUGGGUGGCUUCUUCUUGUUUGCCUGCCUCCUGGCCUGUAUUCUGGAAUGGGGGUUCCGAUCAAUGCAGACCGAGAAUUCGGGGGCCUCAAGCAAUGCACGCGACAACGAGGCCUUUGAGGUGCCAACCUAUGAAGAGGCUGUGGUGUUGGAAUCACAGUGCCGCCCCCAAGAGCUGGGUCAACCACCCCCCUACAGCAGUGUUGUAACCCCCCCAGUACUUGAGGAAGGACAGCCUGGCCAUCCAGAGGGGCCCGAAAGAGCUAGACUGGAAAGGCGAGUGGGCUCAGAGGGAUCUAUGACCUCAGGAAACCCUGGAAGAGCUCCAAUCAGCCUUCGGCUUCGGGGACCCCGAGCUGUGUCCACUGCUCCUGAUCUGCAGAUCUUGGGGAUGCCCCCCAAACUGGAGCCUCUUACCCCACCCCCUGACUAUGAUGUCAGCUUUGGUCAACCUGAUGAUGUUUUCUUUGAAAACAACCGGACACCCCCCUAAGAGACUAUGCCAGGAUAUAUCCUCUCUGCGCCAGACUCAUUCAUUCAUUUGACCAACAUUUCCCAGUGCCUGCCACGUAUCAGGAACUCUGUUUCCACGUGGGGAACUUAACACAGAGGGGAGUCAGGCUAUCCUAAGCCUCUCCCAGCUGAGAUGUACAUAGCACUGUUGGAGUCUUCGAGUAACAUUCAGUGACCUACCCCAUAUCCGAUAUUUCCAGAGUUAGACGAGUAUGAGAGGAGUGACCCAGAGAAUCUGGAGAAGGAAGAAAAGAAACAUCUGAGUGACAGCUAUGUUGCUUCUGUUCUGGGUGCUUCAUCUCUAUUAGUACAAGAAGACUUUCCCAGCCUUGUGAGGUAUUACUGCCCUCAUUUGAAAAAUAAGGAUCCCAAGGGUCAGAGGAGUUUGAUAAUUUGCACAGGGGCACACUGCUAGUAAAUAGCAUAAAAAUGUUUACUCUUCUGA